AUGGCCCCAGCAGCCCUUCUUGCCCCUACCACUACCUCCACCACUGCGGCACCAGCGGUGGUCGGCCCAACAACCAAGAUAGCCACUCGACCCACAAAGAAGAUCCCUAGAUCCAUCAUUGAGAAUGCCACACUCACGCAGAGGCGUUCCUUCAGCCCAACCGAGCACCUGGUCUACGAACCUCCGGCCAAGAUUCACACAAUGGCCGAACUUGGUCUUGAAGGCGCCGGCAUAUCACCAAACGCCAUUUCCGAGCCAUUCCGUCUUUUCACCGAGGAAGCAAUUAAGCAGAUGAGGGCUGAGAUUUUUAGUGAGUCCGUGCUACAGAACUGCCAGUAUGCGAGCAGCUUCUGUACCAAUAUGAUUCGAGGGAUGGGACAUGCACGAGCCCCCUUCAUAUAUGACGUGUGGAAGUCGCCCGAGGUGCUUUCUAAAGUAUCCGAGAUUGCGGGAAUCGAUCUUGUCCCGGUAUUCGACUACGAGAUCGCGAACAUCAAUAUUGCCGCCAAGGACGAUCCUAUCGAGCCGGGCUCUGCCAUCGCCGAUGGACCGGUUGUUAGCAAUUCUAGUGACGAUGACAAUGUCCCAGCCUUUGCAUGGCACUACGACAGCUUCCCCUUCGUCUGCGUAACCAUGCUCUCGGAUUGCACGGGGAUGGUUGGCGGGGAAACGGCGAUCAACCUGCCGAGUGGCGAGAUCAAGAAAGUCCGAGGGCCUGCUAUGGGGUAUGCAGUCGUCAUGCAGGGUCGGUACCUGCACCAUCAAGCGCUCAAAGCCCUUGGUGGCCGCGAAAGGAUCUCUAUGGUGACGCCCUUCCGGCCCAAAGAUCCACUCGUGCGCGAUGAGUCAAUCCUCGUGGGAGUCCGUGGAAUCAGUAACUUGGAAGAGCUGUUCCCACAGUACUUCGAGUACAGGCUUGAUGUGCUGGAGGAGCGGGUGAGGGCUCAGCGGAAGGAAGAGAGGAACAGGGACGCGGCUCAUAAGCCGUUCGAUGUAGAGAAAAAGAGGAGAUGGUUAGAGGAGCAGAGAGAGUUUAUUGAUUCCAUGCUGAGGGAGAUGUAUGUGCCCCAGUAG